UGUACACAGAGUUAGUCUAAUAAGACGUCAUGAUGAAGGUCGCUCUGUCAUUCGCCGCUGUUUUGGCUGCCGUUGCUGCUCUUCCGCCCCCCCUUGGACCCGGAGGCGCUGGCCCUGCAGGGUCUUUCAUGCCCUCCCCGGCCAUGAUCCAGUCCUUCAUCCCGACGCCCGAGGAGAUCAACGCCCUCGCGGCCAUUCCUCCAGCAGCCCCCGGAGCUUUUGGAGGAGCCCCUGGACCAUUCGGAGCCCCUAAAGCUUUUGGAGCUCCUGGAGCCUUUGGAGCGUUCGGUGCCCCUGGAGCUGCCUUCGGCCCCGGGGCAGUGGCACCUCCAACCUUGCCUCCUGCAGUUGCACACAUGGUCAGUAAGUACCAGGCUGCUGCUGCUGCAUUCAUGCCCCCUGCCCCUGCCGCUGCCCCCGGAGCAGCCUGAAUUCAUUCUUGAUUAAGAUUUUUAUCGAUAGGUGUAUGUCUGUAGCCAAUAAAAUCUGAUGUAGCAUCA